CUACAACUUUGACAAGCUGGCAUCUUCUGGUCACAUUUUGUUCUCUUCAUGUGGCAUUAUGGAUGAAUUUGUUUGAGCACAAGCCUUUUGAUCCAAGAGCUGUCAUGGGCUUUGGCAUCCUAAAUGGGACAUCCAUUGGACUUCUAAAUCUUAGCCUGGGUUUCAACUCUGUUGGUUUCUACCAGAUGACAAAACUGGCUAUCAUCCCCUGUACAGUUCUUUUAGAGACUCUUUUCUUCAGGAAGAUAUUCAGGUUAAGUCUUCAUUUCAAUCUUUCCCUUACUGUGGCAAGCAUGUUUCCUGAUCUUAAGAAGGAUUCUCAAGUCUAUGCAGAUGGAAAUGUGCCAGAUACCUUGGGCCUUGUUUCAGGCAUAUGUCCAGUAGUAUUUGAGAGUAGGAAUGUCCAGCUUUCUCUUACCAUCCUUCUUUUGGGUGUUGGAAUUGCAACAGUGACUGAUCUGCAGCUCAAUGCCCUUGGUUCAGUCUUAUCUAUGCUUGCGGUUGUCACAACCUGUGUUGCCCAGAUUGUAUCCUUGGCUGAAACCUUAACCAGUGGCUCUCAGAUGACCAAUACCAUCCAGAAAAAGUUCAAAGUUUCUUCAACCCAGCUCCUGUAUCAAUCUUGCCCCUACCAGGCAAUCACUCUGUUCAUCUCUGGACCAUUUGUAGAUGGGCUGUUGACGAAUCAGAAUGUCUUUGCUUUCAAAUAUACCCCUCAAGUGCUGGCAUUCAUUGUUCUAUCCUGCCUAAUUUCAGUCUCGGUGAACUUUAGUACCUUUUUGGUUAUUGGAAAAACAUCUCCAGUCACCUACCAAGUCCUAGGACAUUUGAAAACAUGCCUAGUUUUAGCCUUUGGAUACAUUCUCCUCCACGAUCCAUUUAGCUGGCGAAACAUUUUAGGGAUCCUGGUUGCUGUGGUUGGGAUGAUAAUUUAUUCUUAUUGUUGUGCUAUUGAGAGCCAGCAAAAAGCCAGUGAAGCAUUGCCACAGUUGUCCCAGGCAAAGGAAAGUGAAUCUGAUCCUCUCAUAAGUGUAGAAAAUGGAUCUAGCAUCCUAAAUGACGGUGUUACAAAAGCCCCUGCGUGGAAUUCGAACAAGGACUUGCUUGCAUAAAGCCUCCUCACUCGUUACCAGUUUGUUCAGCCUAGUUCAAAAUUCAUAUAAGAAACCAUUCGGGCAAUGAAGAUGUUGCUGCAGGGGUUUCCAUACGUCACAGAGCAUGGGUUUGAGCAUUUUUGAGAAAAUUAUAUAAGUUCUAUCCUAAAUAGUUAUCAAUGCAAAAGAAUACUCUUUUAGAUGUAGCGUUUUUUAUUAUACCUUUCUACUAGUUAGGUAUGCCAACAAAAUGCAUAAUGCAAUGGGGUAUUGUUGUUCCCAUAUACUGAAAUUCUUAUGUUCUUCCCGAAAGAGGGAAAAAAGCGAUAUGCAGCCUUCAAAAUGAAAUCAUAUCAAUCUUAACUGAAAUGGUUGCUGGUAUCCGACAAGAGACUGCUGUGUUCCUACUUGAUUCUUGGUACCCUUGGAUUUUGCUGAAGCCGCUAAUAUGUGGUAAAGCUUUUGGAAGUGAAAAUAGGGUCUUUCUGUUAUUAGGCUUUGGCGAAUAUGGAUGGAACCUGGUAAUAUGAUGGGAUUUGUCAGUGUAUUAGGUUUUGUGAGCUCGUUUCUUGAGACUCUUCUAAGUUCAAUUGUGUUUCUAAGCUCUCCAAGCAUGCAGCUCAGUGUACCUUUUUAUGUGGAGGAAUGGAUAGAAGAGGGAGGUACAUAGCCAAUGGCACCUCCGGGUUUUUGACACCCAGCUGUUUAGUCAUUGUUUGGAUUGUAACUUCUCUCGUCUUCAAUAGAGGGAGCUCUUAAAUUUUAGAUCCUGAUGGUGGUAAAGGUAGCCUUGGC